CAGAGAAGGAAAAAAGAAACUUGAGACUGGCUUCCCUUGUGGCAUAUCUGUGUCCUGGACAUCCCCUCCCCACCCUGCUGUUUUUAAAUGAGAGGCACGUGAAGAACAUGAGGUUUUCUGCUUGAGAGGGAGGGCAGUACUGGACUGGGUGAGGGAGGAGGAAGGCAAGUUGUGGUUUUGUGGUGUGGUUUACACUGAGAUCAGAGCUAGUGUGCCUGGGGGUGGGAGCAGAAAGAGAAAGGGCAUCUGAUGCCAGCUGCCAAUAUGACAGAAACCCUGCAGCUCCCAGCACUGCAAGUCCCAGAGCAGCAGGUGGUGGAGGGUGGCCGUGCCUGGUCCAGUUCAUCCACCCCAACCCUCCGCCGGAGGCGCUUCAAGAUGAGGCGGAUGAAGAAUGUGCAGGAGCAGAGCCUGGAGGUCAGCAGGUAUCAGGAUUCUCCUUCCUCCAGCAAGGAAUACCUGCAACUCCCAUCCAUUGAAAUCACCCCCUCCAGUGAUGAGGACACUCCCUGGUCGAACUGCUCUACACCCAGUGCCUCCCCGCGGCGUAAGCGCUUCCUCCUUCGGAAGUGGCUGCGUGUGAGAGAGAAGAAGGAAUACAGUGAGAGCAGCAGUCAGCAGAGCAGCCAACAAAGCAGCCAUGAUGAUGACUUGUCCCGAUUCUUGAGCCCUCAUAUGCGUGACGAGAGUACUGCCAGUAACUCAAACCGCAGCACGCCUGCCUGCUCCCCGAUCCUGCGCAAACGCUCCCGGUCCCCGACACCACAGGACUCCCAAGGAGACACCAUGGUGGAAAAAGGCUCAGACCACUCAUCAGACAAAUCCCCUUCGACGCCGGAGCAGGGUGUACAGCGUAGCUGUUCCUCUCAGUCAGGCCGUAGUGGGGCCAAGAAUUCCAAGUCACACAAGCGCCUCUCCAAAAAAAGCCAGAGUUGGUAUAAUGUGUUGAGUCCAACAUACAAACAACGGAAUGAAGAUUUCAGAAAACUCUUCAAACAGCUUCCUGACACGGAGCGCCUCAUCGUAGAUUACUCAUGUGCGCUACAGAGAGACAUUCUCCUGCAGGGCCGCCUCUACCUCUCUGAAAACUGGAUCUGCUUUUACAGCAACAUCUUCCGUUGGGAGACACUGCUGACAGUUCGCUUGAAGGAUAUCUGCUCGAUGACCAAGGAAAAAACAGCACGGCUCAUUCCUAAUGCCAUCCAAGUUUGCACUGACACUGAAAAGCACUUUUUUACUUCCUUUGGGGCUCGAGACAGGACGUACAUGAUGAUGUUCAGACUCUGGCAGAAUGCUCUCCUUGACAAGCCUCUCUGUCCAAAGGAGCUCUGGCACUUUGUCCACCAGUGUUAUGGGAACGAGCUGGGUUUGACCAGUGAUGAUGAAGACUAUGUGCCUCCUGAUGAUGACUUCAACACAAUGGGCUACUGUGAAGAAAUCCCCGUGGAAGAGAAUGAAGUCAAUGACAGCUCCUCAAAAAGCAGCAUGGAGGCCAAGCCAGAAGCUAGCCCUCAGCUGCCAAAGAAAUCUGUCACUGCCAGCACACUGACAUCUACGGGAAGCAGUGAAGCGCCAGCCUCGUUUGAUGGAGUGCUACCAGAAGAGGAGGAGGCAGUGGCAGAGAGUCCUGUGGAAAAAGACCUUGGCAUUGCAAAUAUCAUGGGAGAGAAGAUAGAGAUCAUCGGCCCUGUGAACUCCCCUUCCCUAGACUUCAAUGACAAUGAAGACAUUCCGACUGAGCUCAGUGACUCCUCAGAGACCCAUGAUGAAGGGGAGGUCCAAGCCUUUUACGAGGAUCUGAACGGCCGUCAGUAUGUGAACGAAGUGUUCAACUUCAGCGUGGACAAACUGUACGACUUGCUUUUCACGGACUCACAGUUCCAGAGGGACUUCAUGGAACAGCGGCGGUUUUCUGAUAUUAUCUUUCAUCCCUGGAAGAAGGAAGAAAAUGGCAAUCAGACCAGAGUGAUCUUGUAUACCAUUACCCUCACCAACCCUCUGGCCCCCAAAACUGCCACUGUCACUGAGACGCAGACAAUGUACAAAGCCAGCCAAGAAAGCGAGUGCUAUGUCAUAGAUGCAGAGGUGCUAACUCACGACGUCCCCUACCAUGAUUAUUUCUACACCAUUAACCGCUACACGUUGACUCGUGUUGCCAGAAACAAAAGCCGACUCAGGGUUUCCACAGAGUUACGAUACAGGAAACAGCCUUGGGGGCUGGUGAAAUCCUUCAUUGAGAAGAAUUUUUGGAGUGGCCUAGAAGAUUAUUUCCGACAUUUGGAGAGUGAACUGACCAAAACUGAGAGCACAUACCUGGCUGAGGUCCACAGACAAUCCCCCAAAGAGAAAGUGAGCAAGCAAUCGACUGUGCGCCGUAGGAAACGGGCCCAUGCCCAUCUGCGGGUGCCGCACUUGGAGGAGGUGCUGAGUCCCGUCACCACCCCCACGGAUGAGGAGGUUGCACAUCGAAUCAAGCAUGUGGCAGGUUCCACUCAGACACGGCACAUCCCUGAGGAGAGCCCCAGCGGCUUCCACCUGCAGAGUGUCUCUAAGCUGCUCCUUGUCAUCAGUUUUGUUCUGGUGCUGCUGGUCAUUCUCAAUAUGAUGCUGUUCUACAAACUCUGGAUGUUGGAAUAUACCACGCAGACGCUCACGGCAUGGCAGGGCUUGCGGCUACAGGAAAGGUUACCCCAGUCUCAGACAGAAUGGGCCCAGUUACUAGAAUCUCAGCAGAAGUAUCAUGACUCAGAGCUACAAAAAUGGCGUGAGAUCAUCAAAUCCUCAGUGAUGCUUCUAGACCAGAUGAAGGAUUCACUAAUAAAUCUUCAGAAUGGCAUCGGGUCCCGGGACUUCGGGUCAGAUCCAGAGGAGAAACGGAAACGUUUCCACUAACAGGCAGGAAUGCAGGAGGCCAGAGGACGGUGUGCAAUAUGUGUAAAUAGGAUAUAUAAAUAUAUAUAUAAAAAAUAUAUAUAUAUACAGAAUAUAAAUAUAUAUUAUAUACAGAUUUUAAGAGAAAAAAAAUAAGCCUACGUAUUGAGAGGAAGGACUGACCUCCAACACUGGCUGAAAUGGAGCGUCUCGGUGGUAGUGUGUGGGGGGGGGUGUGUGGGAGGGCUGUGCUCUCCCGGCACUGAGGUGCACUUAGGGGCGUGCCUGAGUGCGCUCCCCUGGGCCCGUGCGCCACUCCUCUGUAAUAUUCCUGGCUGUUUGUCUGUCUGUCUGUUUUGUUUUUGUUGUUUCAAAGGGAAGCAUCAGAGUGAGUGUCCCCCAUCCCUUCCUGCGCAUGAAGGUCCCUGAUUGACUGUAUUUAUUUAAACAUACAAAGGGGACACUGUCAACUUUCUUACCUUGCUGGCUUCAGGGCAUAGAGGUUUUGGCAGUAGUUGUCAAUCCCUUACAAAACUACUCUGCAUUUGGAGGGGAGGCCUCGGGAAGCAUUGCUGUAGGUCUGUAGAGAGCAGAUCUCACCGGCAGUCACCUUCUAUACUUCUUGGAGCAGAAAUACAAUUUGCCGUCACGCCAGCCAGCCUGGUUCAGAGAGCAAGGCACAGAAUGUAAAUGAGCUGAAAUGCUUUCUCCAAACACUAGAUUGCUGCCUCCUGUUAUUGAUACUGCACUAACAGCCAAGGAGAUGAUGGGGAGGGGAGUAUCUGCCUACAAGGUGCUUGGAUGGAGGAGAGCCACACCACAGAAAUUACACUUCCAUUCCUUUUGACAGUGUCCCCUUUACAUUUUCUGUAGUACUCUGCUUUCUAUGUGCUUGGGCCCCUGCCAUUAAGCCAUCCUUGUGCUGAAGAUCUACAUUGGUGCUGAAAGGGCUACUGCCUGUGCGACUUCCCACGACGGGGGGGGUACCCCCACUUAAAAAGAAAACCAAAAUUAGUAUUUAUUUGCAACCGCUCCCGCUACCCUGCUCAGCAAAUUUCCUCCUGGUCCGCGAGACCAUUUUGCUUGUACCACCUAGCCCUUACCUUGUCUUACAAACUCUGCAGGAAAACAUCAGGGAGAAAAAGAACAACUUCUUUUGCUUCCCUGGGAUAUUUACAUGACUACAUCUAUAUAGCAACAACCAUCACUGUGGAUAUUUACUUGACUGCAUCUAUAGAGCAGCAAGGCCUCCCAAGGUGCAGGAGAGGUUAGGAAGGGUCACGGGGACCAACAAAGACAAGACAAAAGGGACCAUCAGUGGGUGGCAGCAUAGAUCUGGAGAGGGGUGUCCACUGUGUGAGGCGUCUGACUGGUCUCUCUCAUAAGCUGGACAACGAAGCAUUUGCUCUUUAAGCAAGUCAGGUGGCAGAGCUGCGUUCAAAAGCCAAUAUGAAUUUUUACUUGUUCUAGGGGAUUAUUCCAGACUCCCAUUAGCAGCCAAAUGAGGAAGAGGGGCAGCGAGGCUGCGCUGUGAGUGUACCAAACGCCACUGUGACUGGUUGGGAUGCAGGGUGCUUGUUUGAAUGUUUAAUAAAUGCUGUCUCAUCUUACCUAGCCAGGCAGAUUAGGUGACAUGUGAGGCCCUCAAUCUCCACCUUGUUCAACGCCAGGAUUUUUCCAUCUUCUGAAUAGCGGUAGGGAGUCAGCUGCAUAUUCCCCUUGUGCAAGCGGUGCAGUUCUAGCUCGUCCAUUGUCUGUGGCUCCAACAGGCGCUGAAAGAGACACAAAGAUGACUAACUGGUUUCCAUAUCUCUGUACCAGCAACUCUCAUCCGCACAGCUGGGUGACAAAGUGGGGUCUAAGGAAAACCUUCACAAGCUCCGCCUCGUGCAUUCCCAUUAGGGAAAGGUAAUGUAUGUGCAAGUAAUGCGCUAAUUUCUCCCAACCUGCCUGCAAUUUUUGUGACCAAGUGCUAAACACAACGUGUCCUGCAGAAGACGACUCACAUUUGAAGGAGUGUGGAUAAAGAUGGGCUAUCAAAAAGACAUUUUGAGUGUGAAAGCAAGGUACAAUUGGGAAAAACAUGCCUCGGCAACUACAGAAUAAUGUGUAUUUAUGACUAUAUAUUUAAUUUAAUGCUGCUGACUACUGUA